CUUUUUUAACCUCACUUUAAAUAUUAGGCGGCAAACGUGAAUGUGAGAGUAGUGCCGAAUUUAUUUUAAUUAUCUGUUAUAUUUAUUUCUUUAUUGUUAUUUCCUAUUGAAUUUAUCCUAUCAGCAAUGAGUGACAUGGCAGGAUCUGACGAAAGUAAUGAUAUGAUCAUGAAUCAUCCAGAUAUUGAGACAAUUGAAAUAAAGAGGGAAGUAAAGAAACUCUCACAAGUGAAAUCCAAAAAAAAAGCUGAAGACGGUAUGACGAAAGAAGAAAAACUCCGUGAGAAAGAAUUUCAUCGUCUGCUCAAACUGGAAGAAAAAAGAAUAGCUGAUGAAAACCGAAAAAGAAAAGCCGAAGAAAAAAGAUUAGCUGAAGAAGAACGAAAAAGAAUAAAGGAGGAGAAACAAAAAGCCAAACAAGAACUUCUGGAGAAGAUGGAAAUGUUGAAACAGAAAAGAAUGGAAGAAAAAGCCAUUGCCGAAGAAGAACGAUUGAAAAUAAUAGAAGAGAAAAGAAUUGCUAGAGAAGAAUAUCAAGCCAAAGCCAAUGAAAGGCUUCAAAUGAAAUUGGAAGCUAAGAAAAUUGCUGAGGAAAAAGCACUAGAGAAAAGAAAAAAGAAGGCUUUGAAGGGUAUGACUUACCUGCUGAGCAUCAGUGAGAAAUACUCGGAUUUCUUCAAAGAAAAGAUCGUUGUUGAUCCUAAAAAAACUACCAUAAAACCUCUACAAGAGAGAAACAAACUUCAGCCUACUGUCAAUGAUAUGAUGGAAGCUGUUGAUAUUGACAACCAAAAAGAUAGUGACAAACAAAAAUAUAGUGGGGAGGGUUUGGCAGAUGUAAUAAAAAAGCCAAGAUUUUUCGAGGGAGGUACUUUGCGUCAGUAUCAAAUAGAUGGAGUACAGUGGAUGAAAGUUCUGUUCGAUAACGGUGUCAAUGGAAUACUCGCCGAUGAAAUGGGUUUAGGGAAAACCAUACAAGUAAUAGCAUUAAUCUGCCAUUUAUUAGAGAGAAACAUCAAAGGACCGUUUCUCAUUGUGGUUCCGCUUUCUACACUUCCAAAUUGGGAAGCCGAGUUUGCCAAAUUCGCACCGAAAAUUCCCGUUGUCGUGUUUCAUGGAUCAAAAACUGAACGUUUUUCAACCUAUAAUAAGUUGAAGAAGGAAUACUACAUUGAUAAUUUCAGAACUCAACCUGUGGUGCUGACAUCCUAUCAAGUACCGCUCAUGGAAUCAAAAUUCAUGAGUUAUUUUGAAUGGCAGUAUAUUAUCAUAGACGAAGGGCAUAGGGUGAAAAAUCAUGAGUCUAAACUUUCAAG